GAAUGGUGCCAGGACAGGACAGACAUUCAAUAAGCGUCCAUCCCUUCUUGAAUCCGUGCCCAGCGGGCAUCGCGAACUUGGGCCGUCCUCUCACCCUCCGGGGCUGCCCUCGCCCUUCCUUUCCUAGGCCGGUCCCUGGAAUGUGGCUGGAAACCGUGGACGUGACUGGGAGGAGUCUGGCCUCCUCGGGUUUCGCGCGGCGCGCACGGGGACGCGGCCGCCGGCCAUGGCGGACCUCACGGUGUGCUCCUUCCUCACCAAGGUGCUGUGCGCCAACGGCGGCCGCAUGUUCCUGCAGGACCUGCGCGGCCACGUGGAGCUGUCGGAGGCGAAGCUCCGGGACGUGCUGCAGCGGGCCGGGCCCGAGCGCUUCCUGCUGCAGGAGGUGGAGAUGAAGGAGGGCCUCUGGGACGCCGAGGCGGAGGCGGCGGCGGGCGCGGGCGGCGCGGGCGGCGCGGGCAGCGGCGGCGGCGCCUCGGCCUGGAGGGUGGUGGCCGUGUCCUCCGCGCGCCUCUGCGCCCGCUACCAGCGCGGGGAGUGCCAGGCCUGCGACCAGCUGCACUUCUGCCGACGGCACAUGCUGGGCAAGUGCCCCCACCGCGACUGCUGGUCUACCUGUUCCCUUUCUCAUGAUAUCCACACACCUGUCAACAUCCAAGUCCUGAAAAACCACGGGAUUUUUGGCCUCAAUGAAGCCCAGCUUCGGAUCCUGCUUUUGCAGAACGACCCCUGCCUUUUGCCAGAGGUCUGUUUGCUGUACAACAAAGGUGGGGAUCCCCUCUAUGGUUACUGCAACCUCAAGGAUAAAUGCACCAAGUUCCACGUGUGCAAAGCCUUCGUCAGGGGAGAGUGCAAGCUACAGACCUGCAAACGGUCCCAUCAGCUCAUUCAUGCUACAGCCCUGAAGUUGCUACAGGAGCAAGGACUGAGUAUUCCAAGUGUCGUUAAUUUUCAGAUCAUUUCUGCCUACAAGCAUAUGGAGCUGCACAAGAUGCUUGAAAAUAAAGAUAACUCAGCUACUGAGUGUUCACAGGGCCUUGAAAAACAGAGAACACAGGAGGCCAGGGCUGGAGAAGGCAGGCCUCUGGUCCCCAUCCCUGCUCAGUCAGCCAGGAAGCCCUACCUAGGUAAACCGUAAAGGGCAUCAGUGAAGCAAGAAGCUUGUUCAUCUUGGAAGACCUGAAAGCAAGUCUUCUGCUGAGCUUCAGUUUGUAACCAUUCGUUCAUUUAGUCAUUUCUUAAUAAAGGUCAUUAAUAGCUACCUCACAGCUUAUUGUGAGAGCUAAAGCUGGGAGGAUAAAAUUUGGCAUGGGUGGCUGGGGAUGAGGUUGGACAUGAAGCAGGCAAAGAGAGGGUAAAAUUUGAGCGCAGAGGGGUCAGUCCAGGGCAAAUCCUGAAGAUGCAGCUUCUGCAGUUCCUGAGCAUCUUCCCCAGCCUGGGCGGAUGGAGCUCUUCAAGUGGUGAAUUUCUGCUGACUUCUGUGGUCUGACCAGUGAUUUUGUCCAUGUAAUCAGUUUACAUAGAUCCAUAUGCUUUGCACAGUUUUCUACUUAGGCAUUUCAUAAGUAUCAUUCCAUUUUGUUCACAUUGAUCACACAUAAUCAUUUUUUUUGCACAGAUACAUUAAUAUAUCAUAGUUUAACUACCUCCCUUAUUCUGAGAUAUUUCAACUCUAACAAAUUUUGAAUUUAUCUUUUUAUAAAAUAUACACAGUAUUGAAUUUAUAAAGCCAUGCUUUACUUUCGCUUAGCUUAUAGGUGCUAAAUGAUAAUGUGUUUUGGUUUGCAUUUCUCUAAAUGUAUGUGAGUGAAUAGUAUUAACUGCCUUGUGUGGGUUCUGUUUUGUGUAUUGUAUAUGUGACCUUUUAUUGCUGGGACCUCUGGGCUGACAUGGAGCUCCGUGAUUUUCAUAAAAGAAUGUCAUCCAUACUGUGUUCAGGAUGUCCAAGUUUUGUGCAUCCAUCCUUGGCCUGCACCACAGAGUAUGUAACCUUUGGGUUCCUGUCAAAGAUUUCUACCUCAGCCUGUCUAUUUUUUAUCUUUUAUUGAGCUUUUGCUAAGCCCAGCUGCUGUAGCUUGAAGGAUGGGUAGUUUAUCCAUUACUUGGUAACUCUUCUUUCUGUGGAUGCAAACGGACCAUGGGAAAUCUACCUGCUUCACCCAUUUCAUGUUGACUUCCCUCUUCCUCCCUGUUCCCUCUUCUCUCUGCCUCUGUAUACCCUGCUGUCUUUAUCAAGAUACGUGUAGAUGUUGAGUUCUUUUUUAUCAAGGGCUACCACAGAGGCAGGUGUAUGAAAUCCUUUGCUGUGUGUAUUGUAGUCAUAUUUCCAAAUGUCAUUGUGUAAAGUGCUUUCUUAAAAAAAUUUUUUUUGCAAUAACAGUGUGAGAAAAAGGGACAAUAUAGUAGCUUUUAUAAAACUAAAUUUAUUUAAUUUUGAGAAAACUUAUGUUUUCAUUUUGAGAAAAACUGAAAUGCUCUUCUAUUGAGAUGGGGGAAUGCAAAAAUGUUUUCAAGUGAUAAAUUUCUUUGUUUUCUCCUAAAAGGGCAAUAUGAUUCAUAUAACUUAUGAUAGUUUUUUUACUGUUGUUGUCAACAACAGUAUUUCUGAAAAGCCUGAUGUUCUGCAUAUUUUGUUUUUUCUUUCUUUAUUAUUUUUUCCUAGUUCUGAUUUUUCCUGGUGCUAUUUUUUUUUGGUGGUGCUGGGAAUCUAGCCCAGGGCCUUGUGCAUGCUAAGCAAGCACUUUACCACUGAGCUACACCCCAGCCCUGGUGCUAACUUAAAUUUUAUUUUGCAUUUAUUUUACAUAAUGAUUAAAUGUAAAAUCAUUAUUUUACAUUUAAUCAUUAUAACUCUCUCCGGUUUAUCCUUUUACCGUGUAUACUUUUGUCUAAGCCAUCUUACACCCUUAAAGCAGAGAAUGAGAGUCUAAAGGCGUAUCCUUUAUCCUGAGAGACUUGGUGGACUUUCACAUCAUUGUGUUCUUUUUAUAUAUCUUAUAAUUGUGAUCUUACAUAAGUAAAGGCCCUCUGUAAUCUUUGUUGCAAUGUUUUAUUCAGUUCUGUCAUCUUCCAUUUCAAUUUUGGUUCUGCUGAUAAUCAUUCUAUAAAAUUAUCUUACGUAAUUUACUGGACCAAGUCCAACUGCUUAUCCCACUACAUACCAGUAAAGUCAAGAGACAAGAUAUGGAGGCAAAGAGUCUGACUAUUGAAAAAGCUGGCUAGAUGAGAAGAUAGGGACUCUGUCCCAAAGCUUGUCUUCCUGGGAAGCUGACUUGGGGGUGGCUUAUGUAGACGGAUGAUGGGUGUUCCCUGAUUGGUGGGUCCUGUCUCAUCAAGUGGGUGGGCCAAAUGAGGCACAUCUGAUCCUCAUUGCCUGGUCAUGAGAUGUUUUUCAGUUCUGCAAAUUUCAAAAGCAAAGAUCAUUAUUUCCUCAGACUAUUCUUGUCACUGAUGAGUUACAUAUUACACAAAGGACAGGCUCGAGGUGGGUAGCUGCCACUAGUCUCUCUUGGUGAUUGCCAAACUCCUGGUGAAAACAGGUUUCAAUUGGUUACUUAUUAUAAACCUUCCAUAAUGGAAGAAAACAUCCUUAAGCUCACCUUCAUAAUCACACCUCUUAAUCUUUCUUUCAUUUCCGUCUGAUGGUCCAGCUCUUAGACUUCUCAUGUCAGAGCUGGAGAUAGGUUUUCUUUGUUAAUUUAUUGGGGUUCAUGAGGUGAAGCCUCACGUCUCCAGGCUCCCCACCCUCAACAUACUCCAACUUGAAUGAAUUCAUUUUCCUCCAGGGUUGUUUCUCCUUUUAUUUCCUUAUUUUUGGAUGCUUAUCCCCAUUCAGUCAUUGGACUUAAGCCCUGUGCUCUUCUUUGUCUUUAUUCCCUGUGUCACAUUGGUCACCCAGGGCUGGCGAUGUUUGGCUCCUAAGGAGCCUCUCAAAUGCUCAUCCUUCUCUGCCCCUUUCUUCCCAUCCCUACACAAUUCCUUGGUUCACACCUUUAUCACCCAUCUUAUGUAUCCCACAGGGACAUAACUCGGUGUUUUUCAAGUUAUAUGUGGUGUGAGUUUUUAGUAGAAGGUGCUAGGUGGGCUCCUUUCCCCCACUUCAGUUCUGGUAGCUUUAUUUUAAUUUUUAAUAUAAUAGACCUUUGUGGAUUCCAUCCAUCUCCCCACUGUCCCUCUCUUCUGCACCUAGCUGCCGGGUUGAUCUUUUAAAAGCAAAUCUAAUCCUGUUGCUUCGUUUCCACGUAAGGCAAGUCAUAAACUCCUCCCCUACAGGGACCAGGAAGGUGAGUUAAAUAGAUGGAAUGGACUCUCUGCAGGGAAAGGGGGCACAGAGGAAAUCCUGUGGCAAACUCUCCCAACUGCAAUGUGUGCGGCCCUGAUUUCCAUCUGGGAAUAUGGACCCAGUUUGUCAUAUAGUCUGCUUUUCUAAAGAAGCCAGAAAUCCAGAUUUUUUUUGUGAGAAAUUUUCUGAUUUUUAAAUAUUGGCUUCUAAUUGAGUUUUAGAAAUAUAGAUUAAGACUGUUUCUGCUGACCCACUUGGAGUUUUUGAAAUGUACUCUUUGGUUGUCUUGUGACUCUGUAUUUGUAAAAGAUGUUCCCUCUUUUACAAGUGCCGGUCCUUCUUCCCUCUGCCUUCUUCAGAACCUGGCAGUUACAAUCUUCAAAAUGUUAGCGUUUCUUGGUCCCUAGAGAGGAAGCACUUGUAGAAUUUUUUUUCUUUUUUGCAGUACUGGGGAUUGAACACAGGGGUGCUCUGCCACUGAGCUGCAUUCCCAGCCCUUUUUAUUUUUCAUUUUGAAGCCGAGUCUCUCUAAUUGCCCCAGCCAGCUUUGAACUGGUCAUCCUCCUGCCUCAGCCUCUGGAGUAGCUGGGAUCACAGGUGUGAGCCUCUGUGCCCGCUUCCUGUAGCGCUACCCUAGUACUUACCACAUUACAUCAUGGUGCUUUGAGGAGAAUCGUUCUUGUUAAUUCUAACUUCCAUCUGGAAGUUAAGACCUAUUUUUUUUUUAAUCAUACAAUGAAUUAAAUGCUGUAUUGGAACCUGUUUGAAUCAGUAUAUAUCUUCUUUGGUCUUCUUACCCCCACUUACAUUCUUUAAUAUUCAAAAAUACAGCCCCCCCCCAUGGGGGGAUAAGUAAAGUAAACAUCUCUUUCAGUUCUUCAAUUUGAAUUUUUUAUUACUCUGUAACACUUUUGUUUAUGAUGCUAAUUCUUUCCAUCAGGUAUUUAGUCUGUUCGUUAUUAAUGUGUUUCUUGAUGUUGUUUUGUUAUACUUUGUUCUUAUUUUUGUUUAGGUCUUAUUAUGUUACUUCUUUCUUGAGUAUUUUAUAUCUGUGUUCCUACUCAGCAUGGAAAUCUUUAUCUUUAGAAGGCUGUUAAUUUUAAAAAUAUUUAUCUUUUGCUGAAUUGUUUUUGUUCCAGUAGUGGUAGAAUGCUUUUUUUUUUCUAAAAAUAAAACUAUAGCUGCAAAAUGAUUUCUUUUUUAUGUAUUUUUAUUGUUUUGUGUUAAGUACAAACAAAAUGUGAUUAAAAAGUUUCUUUGGUAUUUCUUCAUUAAAUAUAAAGUUGAUUGUUGGUUUUAAAUAAAUGUUCUUUAUUAGAAUAAGAGGAAUAACAUCUUUUCUUUGUUUGAAGCUAAAAGCUUGAUAAGAUGAAUUGGUAUCUUUUGAUAUAAUCCUAUUUUUAUCACUUAAAUCCCUAAUAUGAUUGACUAUAUAAAAAGUUUUCAUAAUUUUAAAACACCCUUAAAUUCCUGAAAUAAACUCUACCUGAUUAUGGUACAUGUUCUUUUAAUGUACUUCCCCCUUUGGUAUACAUUUAU